AUGAGUACUUUGAUUGGACUUCAAUCUGCCAAAUUCCUCUUGACCAGUACAGCCACUGUGGAUUAUGACCAAAGCCAGUACAUCUACUUUUCAACAGUGUCUAACAACAAUCCUCCUGCUCGCAAGAUUAUAGUCGAGGUAGAAGUGUAUCCUCAGACAAAUUUCACCAAAGAGAUUAUAGGAGGAUCCCUGGGAGGGUUGGCUUUUCUGGCUUUACUCACUGCUGGCCUGUAUAAGGCUGGGUUUUUCAAGAGUAAAUAUUCACAGAUGAUGAAUGAAAAUGCAGAGACCGAUCUGGAACCGGGAACUGAUGGAAAUGAAUCCCAAACAGAAUAACAAAGCUCAUAUUUGUUGUUGUACAUUUACUGUAAAGUUAAAACAAAAAUUAAACAAGUA